AUGACAGCUCCUGUAGCAGCAUCAGCCAACACUCACAGCCCAUGGCUCAUUGCCAGGGAUCGCUUUGUCGAAGGACUUGAUCCUGCAGAGCGGGCACUAUCUAAUGAGGCUACGCCAGAAAAUCUUUACUACAAAUCCAGCAACAUCCAAAAAGCCGAUCAAGAAAAUAGCAAAACUCGAUCAGUUUUGAGGUCUCUCGGGCCUUUGACGAAAUCAAUCCAAGAUUAUGGUGCGGCGAUGGAUACUUUCAGCAAUGUUGCUCCGUUGUACCUUGCUCCAAUAUGGGGGAGUCUUCGUGUUAUACUUGUCCCAGCUUGCAGCCACGGAAAGUUUUAUGAUAGAAUAAUAGACACUCUUGCUCGUGUGGGAAACAUACUUCCACGAUUGCGCGACUAUCAAGCAAUUUUUGGCCAGGAAAAUUAUCCAGAAUUUAUCCAAAUGUUGUCAGCAACAUACCUCGACAUAAUUACUAUAUGUUCUAAGUUCAAACUUGUAUUGAAUGAGCAGAAAUCUUCUUUCAUGAAGCGUUUGGGGUCUCCCUUGUCCACAACUCUUGGAGCACAACUUGACAAUGCUGUGCAAACAUUUAGACAGCACCGUGAAGCAGUUGAGGGUCAAGCUCAAGUGUGCCAUAUGAUUGAAACGAUGAAGUCCAAAGAAAUUCAAGUGAGAGAAAGUGCGCGGAGCAAAGAAGAAGAACGAAGACAUAGACAACGAAGAAUCGUCUCCCAGAUGGCCACAGUUGAUUGCAGCAACAAACAUCGUCGACUACAAAAAAUAAGGUAUCAUGGGACCGGGAGCUGGCUAGCUAGUGUGACCGAGUUUAGGGAUUGGAAAAUCCAGAAUAAAUCUUCUGUCAUGUCAUGUUAUGGGAUUCCUGGAUCCGGCAAAUCGGUCUUGGUCUCGAGCCUUAUAGACGGCUCCAAAAUGUCCUUUCCUGCCGACACUACCAUUUCCUAUUAUUAUUACGAGACAUCAUCACCCGGUCUAGAUCAAAUCGUUGCGUUGUUAAUAAAGGCAAUAGAUGAACUAUCAGCUGUGGCUAUUUUCAUUGAUGGCCUAGACGAACUGCCUGAGUCCGAUCGGAGGCUUACGUUUUCAUUGUUGAGAAAGAUCCUUGAUGAGGUCAUAUCACCAGUCAAAUUAUUUGUUUCUAGUCGCGAGGAUGUCGCUUAUCUUUUUCAAACUUCAUCCGAUCUCACCACGUUCAAAUUGCACCUUCAAACGGAAUCUAUCUCUCCAGAUAUUGAGGCAUAUAUCAUACAUGCCAUCAAUGAGUUGUUCACGUCUGGCGACUUGGUGCUGGGUAAUUUGGCUCUUAAAGAGGAUAUCUUCAAUGCUCUCAGAGAUGGUGCAAAAGGAAUGUUUCUUUGGGUCCAAUUCCAGCUCGAGGAACUCUGUCGUAUGGAAACGGAUGCAACAAUUGUAAAAGCUCUACAGAAUCUUCCUCGCAACCUUGAAGAGACUUAUGAUCGACUUCUUGGACGAAUCAUCGAGAUCGAAAGGCGUGAAUUCGUGAAAAGGAUGUUUGACUGGAUUGUUUGCUCAUGUAGACCAUUGCACAUGGAUGAGCUCCGGGAAGCCAUAGCUUUCACUGUUGGCGAUAAAUCAUGGGAUGCUACGAAAAUACCCAAUGACCUUCGACGAUUAAUUAGAGCUUGCGGAAAUCUUAUUGUGAUUGAUGAAGUCACACUAGAGGUGUAUCUUGCGCACUAUACAGUUGAACAGUAUAUCCCCCAUUCGCAAAAUUCCGAGUUGGCAUACUUUCACACCACAAGAGAAGCGUCAAACAGAGCACUGGGUGCAACAUGUGUGACUUAUUCAUCUUUCACUGAUCUCGAAGCACAAGUCACAGUAUACCACAAUACUACCAGUCCCAACAUGACGUUGUUACAGGACGCCGUUACCACCCAGCCUUUGAUACCGAGGGCUUCACAGUCGUCAAAUUUACCGUUCAAAACCGCCAAAGCUGCUUUGAUGGUUCAGAAAUUCAACAAGGAUCAUGGAAGUCACAUCGAUUAUUCUCGGCAUAUUCAAAUUCGAAAAAAAGGAAUGACCGACCAGCAGUUUCUCGACAAGUAUCGGUUGAUCGGGUACUUGAAAGAAAAUUGGCUUUCAUACACCAAAGAUCUCACAGUGGAUACUCUUGGAGAGAUAGGAGAAUUAUUCAGAAGAUUGCUCUUCACCAAACAACUCACCUUUUCAUUCAAGCCCUGGGAGAGGCUUUCUUUCAGGGAUCGUGACGAGAUUGCGCCUUUAUGUUGGGCCAUAGCCGAAGAGAACUUACCAUUACUGAAGGAACUCUUAGUAAAUGAUAGGAGGAUCGUUGAUUACAUCAGUGAAGCAUGUUUGUCGUUCUGGAGCACCAUAGGAUACCACAAAAAGGAGGGGGGCCGACACGGGAUCGACAUACCGGACAAAAGUCUCAUGGUAUUGGAACAUCAUUCCCUUGAAACAUAUCUUCGAAACUGCACUGUAUUUUGUGGCUCUAUGGCGGGUUGA